UGUGCGCCGACUCCAUUUCCACGUUCUUUUCACGUUCACGUCGGUCCAAACGAGGAGGAGCUUGUCGGCUCAAGUCGAGGAUGCCAAUCAAAGCGUCAACUUCAAAUUGUAUCUGAGAGAUCAGCCCGGAGACCUGAGUGAGGGCCAGGCGCGUCAGUCUGCAUGUGCGCAAUCGCCGAUCACAUCCCAUCCGCGCGGACGCAAAAGACGCAGCGAGCUGAGAUUCGACGCACUUUUCCUCUUUUUCCUCUUCGCGUCGCCUUCCGACCUGCACUGCAUGCUCACUUUGCCUUCAACACUUUUUCCCCCGUGCAACUCAUCUGCUUUCUUUUUCUUCUGGGUUUUUUCUUUUAAUCUUCGAGGCCACUUUUUUUUUUUUUUUUUUUUGUGACGCGCAGUUUUGUGGACGUUCGGUGCACGUCGAGCGUCACCUCCGGCGGCGGAAGAUGUCUUUCCCCCAGCUAGGCUACCCGCAGUACUUGAGCGCCUCCCAGGCGGUUUACGGGGGCGACCGGGCGGGAGUGCUGACGCCCUCGUCCCGGGGAGGGAGCACCGAAAUCGGAGGCAGUCCGUCGGCCACCGCGGCGGCUGCGGUCACGUCGGUGCUGGGCAUGUACGCCAACCCGUACGCGGCGGCGCACAACUACAGCGCCUUCUUGCCCUACACCAGCGCGGAUCUGGCUCUUUUCUCGCAAAUGGGAUCCCAAUAUGAUCUGAAGGACAGUCCCGGCGUCCACCCGGCCAGCUUUGCGGCUCACACCUCUCCUGCCUUCUACCCGUACGGUCAGUUCCAGUACGGGGACCCGGCUAGGCCCAAGAACGCCACGCGGGAGAGCACCAGCACCCUGAAGGCUUGGCUCAACGAGCACCGAAAGAACCCUUACCCGACCAAAGGCGAGAAGAUCAUGCUGGCCAUCAUCACCAAGAUGACCCUGACGCAGGUCUCCACCUGGUUCGCCAACGCCAGGAGGAGGCUGAAGAAGGAGAACAAGGUGACGUGGGGCAGCAGGAGCAAAGAGGACGGCGAGGACGGCCAUUUAUUCGGCAGCGGGGACGAGACGGAGAAAAACGAGGAUGAGGAGGAGAUUGACUUGGAGAGCAUAGACAUUGACAAGAUCGAUGAUAACGACUGCGAUCAGAGCAAUGACGAUGACGACGAUAAGUCCACAGACGGGGGCGCGAGGGACCGCAGGGGCGAUGGGGACGCGGGGGCAGAGCUGGACGGCUUGGACAAGAGACGGGCCUUCGGCCUGCAGGGCCACGAGGCCUUGGAAAAAUCAAAAGGAUCCAUCUCAGUUCUUGGCGGCUGCAAGGACAACGCGGACUCCGGAAACACCACCAGCACCACGACGAGAGUUCUGUCUCCGGACCGAGCCGGAGGCUUCCAUUUGCCCUCGAACAAUAAGCCCAAAAUAUGGUCUUUGGCAGAAACCGCCACGACCCCUGACUCUACAGCCCAGAAACCCACGUCCCCUUCUGGUACAGUGGCCCCCACUCACCCUCAGAUCCAGGCCCACCCCGCCUUCCUCCCCAGCCACGGACUGUACACUUGUCAGAUUGGAAAGUUCCACAACUGGACGAACGGGGCUUUUUUGGGUCAGAACUCCCUGCUCAAUGUCAGAUCCUUCCUGGGGAACCACCAUCAGCACCAUCAGCACCAGAACCACCACCACCUGGCGGCCCAGCAGCAGCAGCAGCAGCAGCAGCCGACGUCAGUGGUGGUGUCCCCGGUUGGAGCUGCGGCGGCCCUCAGUCAGGAGAGCAAGGCCUCAAUGGACAGCCCCAAACACAUAGAACACGAAAACGGUGUACGCUGUGAUUCCCCCCCAACGCCAACCCUCAAGCCUUCUUUUCGGCCUCUUCAUGACAGGUCAUCCUUGCCUCCUAACGCCAGAAGUCCACAAGACGCGACGCACCGGGUCCUCACUGCUCUCUCUUCGGCUUGAGUUUUUCUUUUCAUUUCCUUUUUCUUGUGUGCGAUUGAAAGGGAAAAAAGAACAAAGAAAAGAUUCCAGCCCCUAAAAAAAAAGGACAACGAAAAAAAUGAUGAAGCAGCUUGCAUUGAAAUCGUUGCAGUCGCUAACGCGCAAACGGCGUUAUUUGGUAAUAUCCUGUGGAUGAAAAAAAAAAAUGGAUGAAUAUUUCCUCUGUUAUUGUGCAGCCUAUAAUCGCGCCUAAAAUGUUAAUCGAUCGCUCUCAAUUGUACCCAGACACACUGGGACACUUUUGGUAGACUUUUUACUUUGUUAUUAUUAUUAUUAUAUUAAUUAU